CAAUUAGGGUUUCCUUCCUCCGAUUGAGGAAUCGUAGCGACAGAGGUGUGAAAAUGGUGUCGCUGAAAUUGCAGAAGCGGCUGGCGGCAAGCGUUUUGAAGUGUGGAAGAGGAAAGGUUUGGCUUGACCCAAAUGAAGUCAAUGAAAUCUCCAUGGCCAAUUCUCGGCAAAACAUCAGGAAGUUGGUUAAGGAUGGGUUUAUUAUCAGGAAGCCAACCAAGAUUCACUCUCGUUCACGUGCUCGAAGGAUGAAGGAAGCUAAGAGGAAGGGGCGCCACUCCGGAUAUGGUAAGCGUAAGGGUACAAGGGAGGCAAGGCUUCCCACAAAAAUACUUUGGAUGAGGAGGAUGCGUGUGCUUAGACGAUUGCUUCGCAAGUACAGGGAAUCAAAGAAAAUUGACAAACACAUGUACCAUGAUAUGUACAUGAAAGUGAAAGGUAAUGUUUUCAAGAACAAGAGAGUCUUGAUGGAGAGCAUUCACAAAACCAAGGCUGAGAAAGCAAGAGAGAAGACUUUGUCUGAUCAGUUUGAGGCAAAGCGCGCAAAGAACAAAGCAAGCAGGGAAAGGAAAAUUGCUCGGAGGGAGGAGCGCUUAGCCCAAGGUCCGGGUGAUAAACCAUCUACAGCACCCAGUGCACCGUCUUCCACAGCACCCCAGUCUGCCCAAGCACCGAAGAAAUCCAAGAAGUGAGUAGCACAAUCAAUAGUAGUUAUGAAGAGUAUCUUUUGUUGGUUUAGACUUUGUAAGUUUUGCAUGUAUAAGAACCUUAUAUCUUGCAUACGUUAAAUUUUUUUUAGUUCUCUGUUUUUGUGUGUUAAGAUUCACCUUGCUGCAGAAACGCUUGUGUUAUCCUUUUAUUUAUAGCGCAACUGUUCGCACUCCC